AGCGCGCGCGCUUUUUUCGGGAAGAAAAGGGACGUCGACGCGCGCGCUCGCCACCGCUGGCGCCACGAUUGUUGUUGUGUCACGCCGGCUCUUGGGAACAUGUGAGCACCGCCAGACACUUCUUGUAACUCCUCGCGGCAGCCUGCUCUUCGUUGUGCUCCGCUGAGGCGAACGUCGCGGGGGCUACUGACGUCGUGCUCGUUGUGAUCGUGUCGCAAGAGUGACAGCGCCGGCGUUUACACACACGAAGCCGGACAAGUAUUCGCCAUGUGUCUCGACCGUUCGCUUUCUCGCCUGGAGUGACUGAAGAACGUUGUUUCUGUUCCGCUUUCUUUAUUGUUUUCCCCGUUUGUCGUCCUCGCUUUCCUUGCGCUCGGGAGCCGACCAGGCGCGAAAGCAGCGAAGGAGGUGGAGACUGCAGGGUGAAGGAGAGAAGAAGGAACGAGAAGUCGCUUCGAAUUCGCUUGUCAAUCAGUUCGAUGGACGCAGCGACAGCGAGAGAGGUGAUUCUCUGACGUGCGUCUGAACCGUCUGUGAGAACGCUGCGGCCUGCUCGCCAAUCAUGGCUCACAAAACGGUGGACACUGGUGGCGUGCGGUCAAGCUUGCUCAUGCUGUUGGUGUUCGUGGCAGGUGCGGCGCAGACGACCACCGCCAGGCCUCGGUUUCUGAGCGGUAUCAAGAACGUCACUGUCGCACAAGGUCGAGAGGCCACUCUCGAGUGUCACAUUGAGAACUUGGGCAAGAACAAGGUGGCGUGGAUCAAGAUGGACACGGAGACCUUGCUCACGUACCACCGGCACAUCAUCGUCGGUGAGCCGCGGCUGCGGGUCAGCGACAACAACGAGCGCCACUGGCAGCUGCAUAUUCGCAACGCGCAGCCUUCGGACAAGGGCUUCUACAUGUGCCAGAUCAACACCGAGCCAAUGAUCACAGAGAUCGGAUUCCUCGACGUGCUUGUACCACCUUCAAUCCUUGACGAGGAGACGAGCUCGGACGUCACAGUGGACGAGGGCUCGCGUGUGAGCCUGCGCUGUCGUGCCAGCGGCUAUCCGCCUGCAACUAUCCUCUGGCGGCGGGAGGACGGUAGGGAGGUCAAUCUCGAGCGCUACAGUGGCCGCAAGAACUCCGUGAUGACGGUGGAAGGAGAGUUCCUCAACAUAAGCCAAGUGAACCGAGAAGACAUGGGCGCCUACCUGUGCAUAGCCAAAAAUGGAGUUCCACCUUCGGUCAGCCAAAGGAUACUUCUGCAAGUGAACUUCCGGCCCAAGAUCCGCGUCUCGGAGCAGCUGGUGGGCGCCGCGGUGGGCACCUCCGUGUUCCUCGAGUGCGUGGUGGAGGCCUCGCCGCGACCGCUGACUGCGUGGAUCCGCGGAGACGACCAGAUCCUGCUCCGGAGCAAGAAGUACGCUAUUUCCGAAGAGGUCGACUCCUACCGCAUACGCAUGCGCCUCCAGAUACACGACCUGCGACAGUCCGACUACGGCCGCUACAAGUGCCACGCCAAGAACACCUUCGGGGAGAAAGAGGGCUUCAUACGCCUGCACGAUAUUCCACAUCCGACAACUCUGGCCCGACCGACGCCAGCAACAGAGGCAGUGGUGCCCAGAACCAAGGUGUCAGGCCGAGAUGACCUGCAGAGAUUAAGGGCACAAGCGGACCUUUCAAUAACGGCCACAACGUCAUUCCUCGAUGAAAAUGCCAAGGACUCUGCGCAGCCCGGUGUUGGACUUCCUUCCAAUGAACAAAGCCGGUCGGGGCACAGACCUCUUGAUCGGGUACACUUCGAGCCACCAGAAAGGAAUCGAGGUGGCUCAUCCUCAGAUUCGUCCAGAAACGUCCCAAGCUUCCGUUGCUGCUCGUGUCAACUGCUGCUCUGGAGCACCGCGCUGUUCUUCGUGUACCGGUGGCCACUGUAAGCGAGAAGACCGGGGAAUACGCAGCCAGCUGACGCGAGCGCCCGCUGAGCGGAUUGAGGACAAUCCACUGCAGCGCUGGUGCCUCCGGCAACGUGCAAUAGCCGCAGAAAGCGACAGGCCAACAAAGCGGAUGUGGUGCUCAGGACUCCUGAACGUCGUCUCCACUCGAGCGAGAUGCGGACCGGCUACUUUUGGCUGGUGUCCAGCCACGGAGGUCGCAGGCUCUUCUCGGCGGUGUGUAGCGGUACGCCAAGAGUGGAAGGCGAUUCGCGAUCAUCACUCAAAGUUUGCAGCGUUCGCGGAAUGGAUUGUGCUUGCAUACGAAAAGCCCGAAACGCCGAGGAGAGUGAGACGAUGCGUUUUUUGUUGUUGUUUUUGUUGUUUCAUUGCGGUAUUUCACCCUGGAAAUCCUCUGCCCAAACGCGUAACGUCGUUCCAAAAUUACGAUAGAUUCAUCACGUGCGUCCCACAUGUCCAGUUGCGUCCACAUUAUGGUAAAAGAAUGGUAUCGCUGUUUGCGUGGGUGAUAACUUUUUCUUUUCUUCUUUUUUUCUUUUUCACCUUUAGCACACACAAACACAAUUCUGAGGUUUCCAGCCGGAGGAGCUUUACCAAAUUCAUUGCUGCGCCAGCUCUGUAUUUGAGGGUAUAUACGUUUACUUGUCAUGCUUAAAAUUGUAUGAUUUUAUGAGUUAGCCUGUCGGGAGGUAUUGUUAUUUUUCCCCCCGUUUUUAUUGCAUGCAUCAGUGUUUGUCCGGCUCUACGCAGAAAACAACCUUAGAAAAUGUGAAUUUCUAACACUUCAAGACAAACGCGCUUCUAAAAAAAGCUUUCAUGUUUCAUAACCAUUAAAAUAACGCACCUGCUGUUUCAGCAACAAGCACUAGCUCUCGCUCAUAUUUGCAUCGAUGCUCAUGAUGUCCCUCAAUUGUUUUUUUUUUCUUUUUUCGUUCGCGUUUAUAUUCCUCGCACCACAGUGUGCUAUUUAAAAGGUAUUUUAACACACCUUUAAGAUCAUGUGUGAUUUAUCAACGUUGUCUUCUCAUUAUAAUGUUAGUGGCUAAAUAACCAACUUUUCAAGUGCGUAACCAAAGCCAUGUUUUUUUUAAUUUCUGAUUUGCUUUUCUUUCUCAUAUCUCGCACAUUAAUGAGAUAAAAUGUACCGCUGUCUGCUAUUUUUCAGGAAUCAGAUGAGCUCGAUAUUAAGGGCCCAUGAAAGCCACAUUCAAUGUUACUGUUGCGGCCGCAGUUUCUUAUGCUAGUCGCGUGUUCCGAAGAAGUUUGAUUACGUGUAACCAUCGACACGCAGAGUUAGCAACCUGUGUGUUACCGCAUUACCGGUACUUAAUUACACUAUCUAACAAAAUAGACAAACACUAUGCACUUCGUUUUCCACGUGAAAUAACGAAAGCUGAGAUUUUCCAGUUUAUUUUUUAAAGAUUUACAGUGACGUUCUCCGUUUUUAAUCUUUCGCAGCUUCAGAUAUUAUAGCAGUAAUUUAAUGACUUGUGACUGGAUAAAACAUUUACUUACAAUUUUUGUGCGGUGUGUAAGCGACUAUAGAGUGCUGUAAUUAGGCUAUAAAUGUUGGAAUCCUGCUUUGGAAUUGGCGCUAUUAUCGCAUUCCGUGUUUUGCUCAUAACUGUAUUGGCACUAGUGGCACUAGAGAAUGCAAUUUUUGGAACCUCGUAAGAGAUGGUACAAACGCGAGCUUCCUUGACAAAAAAGUAAGCUUCGUUUUGUUUUUCACAAAGGUCCGAGUAAAAAAAAAAAAUCGUGCUUAGUUUUUUCUUUUUCAGCUUUCGUGUAGUUGGACUUCCCUGGACUACGAUUUUUUUAAAGUGCAGCACGAGCAUUAAGUUAGGUAACGCAGCAGGCUAAACAGCCUCGGUGCACAUUGAGCUGCGUGCAUAUUGAGCUGCGUGCACAUUGAACUGCGUGCAUAGGAGAAUUCUGCCAAACCCGCUUCACCAUUCAUUUUUCGAAACAGGGGCGUGCUUACCUUUCAGCGCUUGUCCCACCAAUUCAUCAAAUUGGCAAAUUUCAAGCUGGGGGAAGUGGUGUUGGAAAUUAAGAGCGUUAAAGACAUAUUAAUUUUGAGUUCACUAGCGGGACGACGAUCGCACAUAUCAGAAAGCGUCAUGUGCGCGCCCUAGCAUAUCAAGAAGGGGAAUCAAUUGUCGCCUCUUAAUCUAUGGAUGAUUUUGUGCGCACCCUAUAUUUUAGACCUCAACCGUCACCAUAAAAGUAACUUCACGGAACCUCUCUCUUUUUAUUGAAUGGAACAAUAAGAUAUCACGCCAUUGUGCAAAAGUUAUCUGUGUUAGUUGUUUCUUUAUGAGAGUGUCGAAGUGCUGAAAACUAGCUGUGCUGUUCGAGCGUCUUGCGUACGGAUAAGGCAGCACUAAGAUAAGUAUUACUUAUUCCAGCAAAUGUAAUUUCUGUAUAAAUCUUGGUUGGGUGAGUAUCUAUUCUGAAACCUUAACAAUGCUGACGAAGCGUAAAUGAAGCUUAUUUGCAAAAGAAAGUAAAAAGAAAAGGCACACUCCUUAAGGUAAUUGUGCAUCGAAAGUGCAUUGCAAGUACUACAAGAAAAUGUUGGAAAUGAUAUUUGGUGCGGCCAAAUUUAUUCCGCUGAGCAGUUCGGCAGGAGAAAGCACAGCAUAUCGCGUUAAUUGAGCAAGCAUUGAAGUGACGGUGUUUUGAUUUUAUUCGCUCGGUCGUAAGCAUACUUUGCUUUUGAACCGAAGCUGUGUCUGUAACAUAUAACCCAGAUCUUGUACAGAUUAUGUCGAAACAAAGUGCGGCUUGAGUUUUUCGUGCACGCAGAUGAAGCCGUCGUGUUUAGAGAGUGUAUUCUAUAGAGUUGACGACGUCGACCAUGUUGGACGGGGGGCAUCCAAUCGGCUCGCUGCUAAGCACUGUGGUCGCGUCGAGUGUACAUAUCCAACUAUGUUGAGCAAGAAUGAAUAAAGAAAAGG